GCGCGGAGGUUUGUCUGAGCUUUCUUUGACAUUGUUUUACACGCUACACAAUCAACACGAGUAUAUGAUCGCCUGCUAGUGCUACAUUCCGGAUUCCAAAAAGAGCAUAGGAAUUGGGGGCACUAUAGAUAUGAGCAUGGGUAUCAGAACUGUGUGUCGGGCACCGACAAAUUACUACUACGACAAACCACUCCCAGCGUUGCCAUAUGGUGAUGCCUUCGACAUCGAUACAGAGCUUGUACCUAAGCCGCUCUUCAGCAGACCGACAAUACUGCCUCCAAUACGCGCAGCUUACGCAGUCGUGGAACCACAAUCGCCGAUCUACAUACCCUCCAUCUCCUCAGCAAGCAUACCGCAGGCGCCCUCUCUUCGGUCAUCACGACGCAGCAUUCCCUCGUCGAUCUCGUCAAUGUCGACACCCUUGAGCUCGGCGCCAACGUCACCGUACUCCCAAAGGCGCUCGCUCGAGCUAACGUGCACCUCCCCUUCGACUGUAUGGUACACUCCCGUUUCUACGCCAGAGCCUCAACCACGACGACCAUUGAGGAGGAAAGUGAGCCCUACUCAUGAGACGCUGCGAAGCUUGAGAGCGAAAGAGUCAGAUGCGUGUUUACAAAGGGUGUACGAUGAGCAAGUGUCUGCUUAUAUAAGCGGAGCGCUGUUUCCUAGAGAGAGGAUGAAACCCGGGCUCGAGGUUUUAAGAGAAGACUAAUGUUGAAGUCGUCUGACCAAUACGUACGUGACAACAUAGUGCUUCACAAAAGCGA